AACAAAAUAUCAAUAAACACUUAUAAUUAGGCAAUUAAUCAAAGUAACAGUCUCAUGACAGCAUUUUGCCUUCAGUUUUGUCCAUUCUUUUAUAUUUUUAAGUGGAACCUUCUUUUGCUGGGUAUAUUUAUAAUGGCACGACCAGGUUUAUCCAAAUUAACACACAUAAAAUGCCGAUCAGGCAUAUAUCCACGCUCAAAUAUUGAACGACAAGUCAUUCCCGAUGAUAAAUUAAAAUGGGAGACUGAUUUUACAGAAUAUAAACCACCUUGCUAUACUUCACCAUCUAUUAUAGGGAAACCCUGGGCUGACCCAGAUAUCGGUGCCCAUAAUUUUAAUCCAAAAUGGAAUGAGCUAGAUGGAGAUGUAAAUAGAACUAGUUACAUGGGCCAAUAUAAAAUAGUAAAUAACUUUCCCUUAAAUCCUAUUGGAAGAACUGGAAUUUGUGGGAGGGGAGUACUUGGACGAUGGGGGCCAAAUCAUGCAGCAGAUCCCGUAGUCACAAGAUGGCAUAUAGACUCAAAUAAUAAGAAGAUCCUACAAUUUAUAGCCAUUAAAAGACGUGACACAGGAGAAUGGGCACUUCCAGGAGGAAUGGUAGAUCCUGGUGAAAAAGUUGCAGCUACUGCUAUCAGAGAAUUUCAGGAAGAGGCUAUGAAUUCUCUCCAAGCGAAUGAAGCUGAAAAAGAAGCUUGGAGGGGAAAGUUGAAAGAUUUUUUCAGUGGUGGCAUUGAGAUCUACAGUGGCUAUGUAGAUGACCCACGUAAUACAGACAAUGCAUGGAUGGAAACUGUAGCCUUCAACUUCCAUGAUGACACAGGUUCAGUUGUGGGCGACCUCAAGUUGCAAGCUGGGGAUGAUGCAGUUGGUGUGAGAUGGGUGGAUGUCACACCAGAUUUAAAAUUAUAUGCAAGCCAUAAAGACAUUGUUGAUACUGUAUUUGAUAGAUAUAAGGAAUUUAUGAAUAAAUAAUUUUAUCAA